UGUGCCUUCAAGCUCCUUGGAUAGACAUUGUUCCAUUUGUUCUGGAACAUAAGAAAUCUUCAAACUUGAUUGUCAGCUCCUUAAUGACAAAAUGACCAUCCGGCUGACAAACUCAGCUGUGAACAACAAAUCGCCCAAUGCUAAUGUUCCAAACAAAAAGGCAUCACUUUGGGAAAAGACCAGUAUCCCUGGAUAUACACAAGCCAAGGAAAGAGAGAAAAUAUCGAUGACAAGAAAGAAGAUAUGGCUGGCUUUGAUGGUUUUAGGCUUGUUACUCACAUUAUACCAAGUUCAAACUGUUCUCACAGAAUAUGGCAAGUAUCCCAUAACCACAAACAUCAUGGUUGAAGAAGCUCCACGCCAAUUUCUGCCUGCCAUUACGGUGUGCACUUACAAUCGGAUCAAAUGCACUUUCCUUCAGCGAGAGCUUAACAAUUGUUUCGCUAAAAACUGCUCCAAUCUGUCGCAUUUUUGUAAAUUGGGAUUGAGUUCCGGAUGUUCUUUAACGAUGGCCUUGGCCAAUGUGAACAAUAGUCAGCCCGUGGGUUUCAACAAGACUUGCCCUGAUGAAGCUGCCAAAUUGGAGUGGAGCAUCAAAAACUCCUUCAAUACGUCCAAUAUCGAUGACCAAGAAUUGGACGAUAUCUUCGCUGCGUUUGAUCCCGAGGACCGCAGGAAGAUUGGCAUGAACAAAGAGUUGAUGGUCAAGAUUUGUAUGGCUACCAAACAGAAUUGCUCCCAAUUCUUUGAGAUCAAGACUACCAACAUUGUCUCCCGAGGGAACUGCUUUGGAUUUAAUCAAAAUGGUUCCAUCCAAGUGCGCCCUGGUCCCACAGAGGGGAUCACUUUGGAGUUCUAUUUGGCUCGAGAUGAGUUUAUUUGGCACAAACUGAACAACAAGGAGGGUCUUCGUGUGGUUCUUCAUCAACCCAGAGAGGUUCCACUCAUCGAGGAAUUGGGAGUAGAUGUCUUACCCGGAACAGCCACUAGUUUCAGUUUGCACUCUAAGCAAAUCAAACGCCAACCAGACCCCUAUCCAUCCAAGUGUGUCACAUCGUGGAACGAAACCCUUUUCACUGAAGAGGCAUUUCCCAUUGUUAAAAGUCGAAGAUACACCCAAGUUGGAUGCACCAGAUUCUGCCUCCUUGAGCAUUUGGUAUUUGAAUGCGAUUGCAUUUUUGAUGUCUAUGACGAUAUGAACGUGAGAGAUCUUCACCGAGAGAUCAAUGUCCCACCCUUUGACUAUUGUUCCAUGCGAAACGAGACCCAACGAAAGUGCAUUGAUGAGCAAUACGAUCGCUACAAUAACGAAGAAUGCCGAUGUCAACCUAGUUGUAAUGAGACCAUUUAUGAAAUCCAAACCUCGUCGCUGACCUGGCCGUCCAAAAUUGGAUGGUUUUAUAAAUCUCGAGAAUUGAAUGUGAGCUCUUUCCUCUUUGAUUACAAACCCAUUAACACGAGCAUGCUGGACGAUGAAGCUCUUAUUGCUCCAAUACGCAAGGAUAUCCAGGAAAACCUUCUUCGUUUGGAUUUUUAUUUCGCGUCUGGAAGUCGAACCAUUAUUCAAGAAGAUCCAGUCUAUCCGGAUUUUUUCAGCCUUCUCACAAAUCUGGGGGGAGCUCUAUCAUUGUGGAUGGGGAUUUCUUUUAUUGUUGUAGUGGAGGUUUUGGAAGUGUUUAUCGAUAGUAUAUUAAAAUGUAUACGAUAAAA